CGUCCGCGCACGAUGUCGCAUCCACCAUCCACACAACAUUCGGAUCGGCAUGUUUGAUUCUAUUCGUCUUUGUCAGGACUAAAAUGUAUUUGUUAUUGUCCUCAAUACUUAUUGGCUUUGCUUUGCUUGUUUUUCCAAGAUGCAGCCUCUCAACUUCACCAAAGAAUCUACCAAUACAUAUUGAAAAAUCAGGAUGCCCUAAAACAAAAGGGUGUUUUUCAUUCCCUGAGGACUGCAAGUCGUCCAAAGACUGUGAUUACCUGGUCACUUACCUUCCUGGAAAAGAAAAUGUCACAUUUUCAGUCAGUGCUAAAGGUGAAUAUGUUGCACUUGGCUUCAAUGAUAAACCUGAAAUGGGUGGUACAGAUACAGUCAUUUGUUUCAAAGCACGUAUUGGUUAUGCCAUAGCUCACUUUAGUCUUGUUGGUCAUGACAGUCCUCAAUACGAUCCUGCAGACAGAGCUUCUCUUGCUCCACAAGGUAUGAAAGGACUUGAUGUAUCUUACGAGGAUGGUGUAAUCAAAUGCAGGUUUGAGAGACAAAAGGAUCCAACGAAGUACAUGAAGUACGACCUGAACAAGAAUCUUUACUUGAUUUUUGCAAGAGGGAAAUCCAGUGGAGAAUUUAUCAAGGAACAUUCCUGGAAAGAUACAUCUUGGAAAAAGGUUAAUGUCUCAACACUUCUAGAGAUUGAAGGCAAAGAAUUUGAUCUUCUACUGGCUCAUGCUGGUCUAAUGUUCCUUGCCUGGAUUGGUUUUGCAACUGUUGGUAUUUUUACAUCACGCUACAGGAAGUCAUCUUGGGGUGACAAGAAACUACUCAACAGUGAUUUGUGGUUCAGGAUCCAUCAAGUUUGUAUGCUGAGUACAAUUGUUCUGUCACUCAUUGGUAUUAUUGUCAUAUUUGUUCAUGUUGGUAGUUUUGCAGAGGGAGCCCAUCCUAUCAUUGGUAUUUUUAUUCUUGCUUUUAUGAUUGCUCAACCAAUCAUGGCUUUCUUUAGACCAGACCCUCAAGCCUAUUCGAGGUUUUUGUUCAACUGGAUUCAUCGUUUGGUUGGUUUCUUUGCUGUCGUCUUUGCAAUUUUAAACUGUUAUCUUGGUAUAAACAUGGUGGAUGGUCUCAAGGUGAAGGGAAAUGCUACGUUGUCUGUGUUUGUGGUCAUCAUGGUACUUGUGAUUGUGCUCUAUGAAGUGUUUCUGUUCCGUAAUGCCAAACCAGUACUUUCACCAUUCAGUGUUGAUAGUGAUGGUCAAGACAAUGUUCAAAUUAACACACCUGCUGACCAAGUGGUCCACGAUGAGCCCACAACACCGCAGACAACAACAGAAAAGCGUGAUUCAAUACUGCGUGACGUGGUCUUCUAUUUUGUCCUUACACUGUGUUUGUCAUGCUGUCUUGGAUUCUUUAUUGUGCUUGGAACAGUUGUUUGAGAAAACAGGUGAUGAUGAACAGACUUCAAUAUGUUAGCCAAUGAAUUAUGCAGAUGUACAAUAGAUAUACUUUUGGAAAAAAAAAUGAAAUAAAUAAUUUGUAAUUUAAAAAAAUAAAGCAAUGAAAUAGAAGAUCAAAACAAAAAAUGACUGACCCCUUGGUCAGCUAUCCUUCCAGUGUUAGUUUUAUUUGAGUGCUGUAAGUAGACUGAAGUAUUCCAUAAAGCAAGGCAGUCUACAGCUACCAAUUGGCCAUUUCAAAAUUCAAAAAGGGACUGGUGACUAGUCACAUUGGACUAUUUUCAUACUCCUUAGUCUUCUUUUGAAUUUCGUAAUGGCCUGCAAUAAACAAUAGACCUCUGCAGCUAUUACGUCAUGUACCGUAUACGCAAUGCAUUGUAGGACAUGUUUGGGACAAGUAAAAGGUUCAGAAGUC